AACCGGGAGCCAGUCUCUAUGGCAACCUGGUACAGGAGGGGUUUGCCAGCUGGAGGCAGAAACAAUCAGUCCUCAGUCGGUGCCGCCGCUCGAAACCUCCACAACUGCAACACGCCCUGAGUGGAAUGGAGGACCAGGACAAGAAAGAUCACGGGGAGUACGUCGGGGAGAUCAAAGGUGGCCUGCGGCCGUCCAUGAAGCUGGUUGUCAUGGGGAUCGUCAACAAGAAGCCCAAGAGCAUGGAGGUGACCCUGUCCAGUAAACCCCGGGAGGAGGACGCAGAGGCCGACGUGGGUCUGCAGCUGAAGGUCUGCUUCAGGGAGAGGGCCGUCCAACGCAACGCCCGCCUGGCCGGGCGGUGGGGCUCGCCGGAGAACACCCUGUCCUUCUUCCCUUUCGCUGCCGGAGAGGCCUUCAAGAUGGAGAUCGUCUGCGAGCACCAGCAGUUCCGUAUCCUGGUGGACGGCCAGCCCCUCUGUGGAUUCUCCCACCGGAUCGUCCAGCUCCACUCUCUCACCGCCUUACGCGUUUUUGGGGACUUCCAACUCACCAAGGUGGCCUGACGGCGGGCCGACGGGGGCCGGGCCGCCGACCCGAGGACGCCCCUGGGACCCCCCCGAAACCCCCCGGGACGCCCCUGGGACCCCCACCCCCGGGACACCGUCAGUACAGAAGCUUAGAGUAGAUCCUUUCGAGUGAAUAAGUGUACCCGCCGCGGGAGUUUUGUGUUUCCAUUUCCUGACCAGCCUCGUAAUCCUGCGCUAAGACCAAGUGCCUUCACUAAGAUUACCGGUCCGGGGCCUCGGAGGUCCAAACCGACCGGCCGACGACAGUCGUUAACGACUCAAACACGGACUGUGAUUUGGACUGAUUUGUUAUUUGAUCUAAGCUUUAAUGUUGCUGCUGUGUGGACGUGAUCUGGGCUCCACGAGUGACUAAAACAGGGUGAGGCGUCCGCCCCGGGUCGGCCCCGGGUCGGCCCUGGGUCGGCCUCGGACCACCCCGGCGCCGGCCAGGUCCUGCAUGAAGACGAAUGUCUCCGGAGAUGAAUGUCGGAGAUGAGAUGAAUGUCUUAAUCAAUGCAAGAGGUGUAUCCAUGUAAACCCAUGUACGUGCACUAGUGCAUGCCAUUAAACACACGCCCUGUUUCCUUUC